AUGUUCACAAAGAAGAGCAUGUUUUCUGACAUUCCUUGUGCAAUUGAGAUAGAAUGUACGGAUACAAGCAUGCCAAAUAGGCUUGAUCUGAAACACGAACUUCUAAAAGAUAAUCAAUUUCCUUGCAUUUCUUGGAAUGUCGGAGAAAAUUUAGUAAAAGAUAUUAAGACUUUUGCAGUGGUCGUGCAAGAUAUUGACUUGCCUCUACCAUUUGCGGCUCUUCAUGGAUGUUUCUUCAAUAUUUCAGAACAAAAGCGAAGUUUCACUCAAGACGAUGUAGAGGCUAUUCGAAAAAAUGCAUCGUCAGUAAAUUAUAUUAAGAAUAUUCUAGGUACAGUUUAUGAUGGACCACGUCCUCUUUUGGAUCAUGGUGAUCAUCGCUACGUUUAUCAGGUGAUUGGUUUAAAAAGUACCCUUGAUGUACCAAGUGAAGCCAAGUUUGAACAAUUCGAAAAUUCGUUCCUGGAACACAUUGUGGCCUAUGGUACAUGGACUGGCGCGUACAAACGAGAUUUUUACUUUCAGAAUAAUUCUAAAGACUAUUCUUAA